AUGGAUACCGUGAAUACACCCACUGUUCUACCUUCUGAUGCUCUCGUUGCACCUCCUAAUCCCGGCAUCAGCCUUGUUGAGCUGUAUAAUCUAAGCGACCACGAAGCUCAAGCCUGCACCGCCAGCCCCCUUGUCGAGACAUUCCUCGGCUUGGACUCUACCACUACAAUACUCAACUCUUGCACAUCGUUCUGCAAUACUAGUCUAAACUCUGUGAAAGAGAUGGCAGGCGGGAAACAAGGCCGAAAUCGCGUAUUUAUUGUCGGGGUAGGGAUGACAGCUUUUAUCAAGCCUCGCGGACAGCGCGAUACAUCCGACAUGGGACUCGAGGCAGCGACUAAAGCACUGCUUGACGCUGGAGUCACGUAUGACAAAGUGCAGGCCGCCUGGGUUGGUUAUGCUUAUGGUGAUAGCUGUUGUGGCCAGCGAGCACUAUAUAAUCUCGGCAUGAGUUCUAUCCCAAUCACCAAUGUGAAUAAUAAUUGUUCAACUGGUUCAACUGCGAUAUUCAAUGCAGCUUCGUGGAUUCGGGCUGGCCUUGCCGAUUGCACCCUCGCGCUUGGAUUUGAACAAAUGCAAGCCGGUUCGCUGAAGUCGAAUUUCCCGGACCGGGCGCCGCCCAUGGUUCCCUGGAGCGUUGCAACUCUAGAUAUUGAAGGCAGCAAAGGAGUCAAGGGGCCUAUGGCAGCUAGAAUGUUCGGAAACGGAGCUAAAGAGUAUGGUGAGAAGUAUGGCUCCACGAGGGAACAUUUGGCCAAAAUUGCUUCGAAAAAUCACAAUCAUGCCGCAAAAAACCCUUAUUCACAAUUCCGGACUCCUUGGACGCCCGAGCAAGUUCUCGCCUCGCCUGCGAUUACAGAUUACUUAACUAAGCUGAUGUGUUGUCCAACUUCGGAUGGUGCCGGCUGCAUUAUCCUCGCAUCAGAAUCUUUCGUACAUACUCAUAAACUGGAGAACCAGGCCAUUGAGAUUAUUGGACAGGCCAUGCAUACCGAUGGCCCGGUUACAUUCGAGUCUGGUUCAGCUAUGGAAAUUGUCGGGUUCGACAUGACCCGCCGUGCUGCAGAAGACGCAUUCGCUCAAGCUGGAGAGGGGAGCAAUCGGGAUAAUGUCGGUGUCAUUGAAUUGCAUGAUUGCUUUGCCGCCAAUGAGUUGCUUAUGUACGAUGCACUUGGGUUAUGCAAGCCCGGUGAAGCACACAAAUUAGUCGACGCUGGCGACAACACUUACGGCGGAAAAUACGUGAUCAAUCCUUCUGGGGGUCUCGAGGCCAAGGGACACCCACUUGGAGCUACUGGCCUAGGAAUGCACUUCUACAUUACGACGCAACUACGAGGCUGGGCGGGGCCGAUGCAAGCUCCCAAUGUAACAGGAAAACUUGGGUUGGUGCAUAAUGUAGGACUUGGGGGUGCUGUAGUUGUGAGUAUCCUGAAACGUCCAGAGUUUUGGAAAGGCGAAGGAAAGGAUGGUCGCGAUAGGGUCGGAUAUAACCAUGCAUGCGAAUGCAAGCCAAUUACCCGGGCAGACGUAGACCGUGUCAAAGCUGUGCCACACUCGAAAAAGCUGCUCGGUUUUGCUAAACUUUAA